GCUCACCCCUCAACCUCAAUAGUUCAAGGACCAUGACAAAAUAUCAAAGUUGGGCCGAAUUGAGAAUAAGAUGAUACUUAUAGGAUGCAAGGUGUAACAUAUACAGAAGGAAGAAUGGCGUACCAAAAAUGAGAGGUAAAAAAUUGAUUCAAAGUCAAUGAACGGUCUUCUCAAAUCCGUCUCCGGAGCACUCAAUCGACGAACGAAGGAUGAGAUCGGACUGUUGCGCCGUCUUGUUUUUGCUCACAUCGCUCAACGUUCUUGUUCACGUAACCUUCGGAAAAUCUGAUGGAGUGUGUAUCUCUCCCGGUGGCCGCUUUCCCCCAUUUGCAAAUCAAGGAAAACCUCCAAGAAAAGCAACCAAGGGACCCAAAGAUUUGACGCUUUGCAGGGUAUUCAGCAAAAAGACAUGCUGUGAUGUAACCCAGACGCAUCCGGCUUUGUUAUCCAUUAGGAGGUUGGCUUUAACUGGGGAAGCUAGCCAGGAGUGCUUGCAGCUGUGGGAAUUGUUGGAGUGUUCUAUUUGUGAUCCCGGUGUUGGUGUACAGCUGGGACCUCCUGUAAUAUGUGACACUCUUUGUGAUAGAGUGUACAAGGCCUGCUCUAACGCAUACUACUCCAUGGAUGCAAAGACACAGGUUCUUGCGCCUUGUGGAGUAGGCGACUUUGUUUGUGGUAGAGCCUCUGAAUGGACCUCAAAUGGCACAGAGCUCUGCUGGGCUGCAGGUUUUUCUGUUAAGCCAUCUAAUGAUAUUGAAGAAACAUCUUGCUAUGGUGGAAAGGCUAGUCUAGAUUCUAUUGCUGAUUCGUGGCGGGCUUCUAAAUCUGGGGAACCACAGAAUGCUGAGAGCUCUGGAGUGUGGAAAGAUUUCCAGCAAUGGGCGAGGGAAAUGCCUUUUAGUGAAAGAGUUUGUUGGGCAGUGGGAGGAAUGGUUCUUACUGCGGGGCUUUUCUUCACAAGAAGGAAGAGCCAUAAUCAGCGCCAGAAGCAGGCAGCUAUUCAACGCACUGCUAGGAAACUCGAAUCGAAGGUUAGUCAAAAGUCUCCUGUUAUUCGAGGAAAUAGAAAGUGAAGUCUGAAGUAGUGUACCCUUUGAAAGUGAACAUAUGUUUUUUCCUGUUCAGGUAAGUUUCAGAAUGUUGUAUUAUGGCUAAUUUUUGUUUUUCCUCCCUAUAUAUGUGCUAUUUUGUUAUACUGUUUGGGGAGAUUUUGGAGUCCUCAACUAGGACGAAUUUAUGCAGUAUCUGUAUUAGUUCUUCGACAA